AAAAAUACGACUACAAACUAUGGUUAAUAAUUACAAAGUUUGUCUUUAACUAACCAACAACCAAAGAGACCGAAACACUCUCGUUUCUAUGAAGUUAAUACUAGCUAAUUGUUAACAAACGUGUGAGGGCAAUAUGCUACCCAAAAUCGAAUUUGCAAAUAUACACAUUUCACUAAAAUUAGAUUAGUUUUCGUUAGUCUUUUCUAAAAUAGAACUGAAAACAUAUUGCUAAUCAAAUAUAACAAAAGUCUCUCUUCCUUCUUCAUUAUCUCUCUCUCUCUCUCUCUCUCUCUCUCUCUCUCAUUAUUGAUCUCCAUUGUCGUCGUAAGGAGAUCGCAAAGAGCCAUGAGCCUAAAUUGUCUAACAUGUCAAGCCCUUCCACGAACAGAUUCCAACAAAGAGAUUGAUCUCUCCGGUCCUGGACCACCAACGGUUGAGAUCAAUCAUGUUCUAGGUAAAACAUGUUGUGUACUAGAUCCUAUUGGUGGGAGAAAUUGGUCAGGGAGUUUGAACCCUAGGAUCCACGAGAAGAUUGGACGGUCAGGAUCUUCUUUAGCGCAGAAGAUGAAGAAGGUGAAAAAGAUUCAUCACCUUAGGCUAAGUGGUCCUGUUGGUUCCAACCCUAGCAAUGGACCAACCCGGCCCGAACAACCAAAGCUUGUAAGGAGCACUGGAGUGCGGAGGAAUUGGAGUUUUGAGAAUUUGAGAGAUCAAGGAUUAAUAGAAGAAAAAAGAAAGAUUAACAUAUGAUCAUCAUGAUUGAUCAUGAUUCUGAGAUUUUAUAUGAAUGAAUGUUUAAGAUGAGAGAUUACAUCAUCGAUUCGGAAGAGAGAAAUAACGAAGCUGAUUACAUAUAUAGUUUCUAAUCCAGAUUCAUGGUUUAUAUAAAUCGUGAUAGAAUAUGUAUAAUAGUAUUCAUUUGUUUAUUACGUUGUCACGUUUGUUUGCCUUUUGAAUAUUUUUGUUUAUACAUAUGUUUC